CAUGUUGGGUCGCCAACGUUCAAGAGGCCCGAUGUCCACGCCAACGGUAACCGUUAGCGGGCCGGUAGCAUCCCCAAGGUGCACACCGCGUUGCAACUUGGGGUUGGGCUUCAGCCGUGGCGGGAAACCGACCAACGGUCGGCAAAUGCGGAUAUUUGAGGCGGCACAGCGCGUCCACAAGACGACGGCUUCCGUUUGUCGCCAAGCGCGUGUCGCCGUGUGCAGGACGUCGCAGUUACGUUGUCGGCCGUGUUCUCUUCCGUCUAGUGCCGUUGCUGUCGUCCGUCGCAUGGCUGACAUCUUUCGCAAGCUCCCGCUGCUGCUUCUCGCCGUCUUCCUACAAGUCGUCGUAGUGUUGCACGUGUGUUUCGUCGGGAACGCGCCGCGGCGUCGACGCAGACGAACUUCGCCGAUGAAGGCCGUCAGGACAGAUAGUGGACAGGGCUCCCCUAGGGGAGGAGGGGAGCAGGUUGUGAGCAGGCGUGCCGUUGGGAGUUUUUCUCCGGCUUGCAGGUUGUCGUUGGGGGUCGGUAAUUCAUCACUGCUGCCAGAUUUGCAACCCCUCUUGGACUCAUUAGAUGAGGAGGAGAGGGAGGGACGGGCACACACUGUUCCGUUGGGUAGCGGUUCUACGCAGGAAUGGUCUUGGAAGGAGCUGUGCGGCGACAGUGGCGGCGUGUACGGCCAGUCCUUCACUGAACUGCUGGCGCCUGGUCUCGACGGGGAAGAAGGGCAUGGCGGAUCGAACCUGUCUUCCGGUCUGUCUACAGGGAGGUGUGGAAGCCAGACACGCACAGUGAUCGUCAAUCCCCAUGUCGGCGACGACGGCAGGCAGUUAACCGCUGUGGACCGAUCAUCGAAAUCCGCAGGCGCACAGCAGUGGCAGGGACGAGCGACUUCCAUCUCCAGGAGCACGCAAGGUCAUCCGUCGUUUAUGCAGUCCCCGGCUCCGGUGUCUGCUGCAUCCAACCUGGGACGUCGACGUGGCAUUGUCAAGGAGGGGGGGGGGUACUUGGACGACGUCGUUGACGACCGCGAUGGGAGGUUAGUGUGGGCGGAGGAGCGACGGAAGAUCAGGGAGGGACGAGAGGAAGCAAUCAGGCGGGGGGUGGAGCGGCUGAGGAUGGACAGGCAGGCGGAAGAAGUUAAGGAGCCACAUGCGGGGCUUCCGUCCGAAGACGACGACGACGACGGCACAGGAGAGGCGGGAGACAGGAACGGCGGUUACGCCUCGCCAUCACAGAACAGCGACGGGGGGGGAAGGGCGGCAAGACGAAGGCGACGAGCGGGAACGGUUGUGGGCGGCCGAAGAAAGCGCAAGCAAAGGCGAACGACGGAGAAGGCAACGGCGACGCAGAGGAGAAGCGAAACUUUUGGAUUGAACGGCAAGGAGAGGGCGAGACACGGCUUCAAUUUCAAUAUGGACCGCGCUGUUUACGACGAGAUUGAAGGGUCUAGCGGUUUCAACGAAACCAUCAACCCCAAAAACGUUGCCGACACUGGUACCCGCGGCGGUGUGCGUUUGCCGUCGACGACAACUGCUUAUCCUGAAGCAGUUGGUGAUGUCGACGCCUGUGCGGGGGGGGAAGAUGAGGACGAGGGAUCGACUCGUGGUUCCUCCCAGACGUCGGGCAGCCCCCAUGGUUUCGGAAAGAGGAAGAGCACGAGGCAGCAGACGUUCGAAGCAAUGACGGAGUGCAAGGACAAGCACGGUGCAUUGAUGGCGGCCACGAUGGAGAGUGCCUGCAAGCGGCAAUGCAGCAUUCAGCUACGACAAUGUGAGGCGUUAGAAGCUGAAGUGCAGGUGCAGAAGACGCACUACGCCACGUCCGAUGAAGUCAGCAAACUCAUGUGCCAGGCUUCCCAAGCUAUGGUCGAUCAGUCGACGAUGCGUUCCCCUGUGCCGCAGCCGCGUGGGGGGGCAGUUCAGGGUGCGUCUGCCGUGGCGGACGUUGCGAAGGCAGGCGAUGGCGGGGCGGAGGGCGAAGACGACAAACCGCUAGUGAAGAAGCUUCGCGGGCAACGUCCGGAGGCGAAAGCGAUGGAGGUGGCCGCGAGGCUAUGGACCGACGACAUUCAGUUCUGGAAUCAAACGCGCGGAAAAGAAAUCAUCAACAUCAUGCACGAAGCCCGAGUUCACCUCGUUGAUGUGGCGACGAGGGUGCAGCCAUCGGCGAUCCGAAGGAGCAUCACCCUCCCCCACAGUUCCAUUCCGCAGAAGAAGAUCGAAGACACCUCGGAGUUGAGGGCGGCGAAGGAAAGGGCGUUAAAGGUGGAGAGCAUUGCGAAGAGGGCCAUCCACGGCUGGAUUUUCAAGUCCGACAGCAGACACAUAGGGUAUCACUUGGCGUACCAGUACGCCUUGAACCACGCGCCCGAUGGCGAUUCGAGACACGCUGGAGUGGGUAUGAAGCUCCCUUUGUGGUUCGUCGGAGCGAACGUGGUGGACAGGCACCAGGACGACGAGUGCGCGGCUUACCAGGAGGCCAUCUCUCAACGUUUGGUGCGUGAUUUCACGAAUGUGGUGGAGGCAGCGCAGGGGAUGGACUUGGGGCGUGUGUCUUACGAGCGCCUGAAGUCCCUGGCGGAGGCGAUGAGGUACUUGCUGGCAGCGGCGGCGUGGAUAAUGAGGAUGGCUGGGGACGACGCAAGAUCGCACUUCGACGCCUGGGUUUUUGUGCAGUUGACGUCGAAGACCACCCUUCUUGCCGCCAUGGAUCACCAUUUUGACUCCCAUCAUCAUGUCUUGCUAGCCGCAACUGUGAUGACGGAGAAACUGGGAAGACCGUCUCUGACCUUCGCUCCCCCCCCACUGUACAUCCCCGACUGGGCAUCGAAGUGCGACAUCACGUUCAAUCACGACGCGACGUUGCACUCCCCGAUGGAAGCAACGAAGACUGAUUGGCUCGGCACAGGCCCCCCUGAGGAGGAAGCCUCGGACGGCGACGAUGUUGAUGGUGCCGAGGGCGGGUGAUAGUGGGAGUGGAAGUGGAUGGACAGCCGGCGAGGGCGGGCUAUCGUUCGUAGAAGGGUUUAGUAAACGUCGGGGGCGAGG